AUGGCGUCUUCGGAGGCGAACGCCGCCCCCGCCGCGAAGCGGCACAAGCUCGUGGGAUGCAAGAACUUCGUGCGGAACAACCCAAAGUCCGACCUGUUCACCAUGCGAAAGUUCCACCACGUCGAGUUCUGGUGCCGCGACGCGACGACGACCGCGGCGCGAUUCGCCGUCGGCCUCGGCAUGCAGCUCGUCGCCAAGUCGGAUCUCACCACCGGAAACGCGCGAUACGCGUCGUACGUCCUGCAGUCGAACGACCUGCGGUUCGUGUUCAGCGCGCCGUACGACGUGCCCGAGGGCGAAGAGAACGAUGACGCGCGCUCGUCUAUGUUCGAGAAAUCCGGCGUCCUCAGCCACGACCCGUCGUUCAUGCGGACGUUCUGCGAGAGGCACGGACUCGCGGUCAGGGCGGUGUGCCUUCUCGUCGACGACGCGGCGGUUGCAUUCUACACGUCGGGGCAACACGGCGGCCGCUCGCCGGCGUUCUCGAGCGCCUGCGAUGGGUUCGCGCGGGUGUCCGAGGUCGAGCUGUACGGCGACGUCGUGUUGCGAUAUUACAGCUUCCACGCCGGCGAAAAAAACGCAAAGCCGAAAACGUUCUUGCCCGGAUACGAGGACGUGCCUCUGGAGCCGCCGCAUACCACGCCGCUGACGUACGGUCUGCAGCGCUUAGACCACGCGGUCGGGAACGUCCCCAAUCUCCUCGAGACCGUGGACUACAUCACCGCGAUGACCGGCAUGCACGAGUUCGCGGAGUUCACCGCGGAGGACGUCGGCACCGUGGACAGCGGAUUAAACUCGAUGGUCUUGGCGAACGACGACGAGAUGAUCUUACUGCCGGUGAACGAGCCGACGUUCGGGACGAAGCGGAAGAGCCAGAUUCAGACGUAUCUGGAGUGCAACAACGGCGCGGGGUUGCAGCACCUCGCGCUGAAGAGCGACGACGUGUUCGCGACCGUGCGAGAGAUGCGAAAACACGGCGGCGGCCGCGGCGGGUUCGAGUUUCAGAAACCCGCGAGCGCGGACUACUACGCGAACCUCAAGGCGCGCGUCGGCGAGGACGCGCUGACGGAGAGACAAUUUAAGGAGGUCGAGGAGCUCGGGUUGCUCGUCGACCGCGACGAUCAGGGCGUGCUCGUGCAGAUCUUCACGAAGCCGCUCGGGGACCGGCCCACGGUGUUCAUCGAGAUCAUUCAGAGGAUCGGAUGUCUUCGCGAGGUGAAGUCGGCGGACGCGAACGCGCCGCCGAGGAUCGAGCAAGCGGGCGGGUGCGGCGGGUUCGGCAAAGGGAACUUCUCGGAGCUGUUCAAGAGCAUCGAGAACUACGAGCGGACGCUGAAGAUGUGA